CUUGUGUCAAAUGCUGCGGCUGGUUCUGUCAUUGGAAAGGGUGGUUCUACUAUCACUGAUUUUCAAUCACAAUCUGGAGCGCGAAUUCAGUUAUCACGCAAUCAUGAGUUCUUUCCUGGGACUACAGAUAGGAUUAUCAUGGUUUCUGGGGCAACAAGUGAGUUACUAAAAGCUGUUGAACUCAUUCUUUCUAAGUUUCUGAGCGAGCUUCAUACCGAGGACGAGAAUACUGCCGAGCCAAAAACAAAAUUGAGACUCAUUGUCCCUAAUAGCUCUUGUGGUGGAAUAAUUGGAAAGGGAGGUGCUACCAUUAGGUCGUUUAUUGAAGACUCUCAAGCUAGCAUUAAGAUCUCUCCCCAAGAUUAUAAUUACUAUGGAUUGAAUGAUAGACUAGUGACGCUGAUAGGAACUCUGGAUGAGCAAAUGCGUGCACUUGAGUUAGUUAUUUCUAAGCUAGCUGAAGAUCCUCAUUAUUCUGAGUCCAUGAAUACUCCAUUCUCAUACCCAGGUGUUGUCUUUUCCGGAUAUCAUGGUGUUCCUUAUGCCUAUGUGCUUCCUUCUGUCCCAGCAGCAGCAUACAAUGCAACAACUUAUCCACCAAAUGGUGCAGGAAAGAAGUUUCAGGACGUCAAGGAGGAGCAGAGUAAAUCACUGACCAUUGGCGUUGCAGAUGGCCAUAUAGGUCUGGUUGUUGGUCGUGGCGGAAGGAAUAUAAUGGAAAUUAGUCAGAUUAGUGGGGCAAGGAUUAAGAUAUCAGACAGGGGUGAUUUCCUAUCUGGAACAACUGAUAGGAAAGUUACGAUAACCGGACCACAGGGAGCCGUACGAACGGCUAAAACUAUGAUAAUGCAGAAGGUUGCUUAUGCUGCUGAGACCGCAACGGAGUAGUUUAUAAUUUUAUAUUUGCAAGAAGCGCCCUAGUGUGUUGGGAUGCGCUGGGUGAAGUGAACCUGCCUGCUAAUUGCUUUUCUAUUUUGCCUUUUUUCUUUUUUCUUUUUAAAAAGAUUUAUCUACGUAAAUCCCAUACUAGUGAUGCGUUGGGAUGUCUGAAUGUUGUAGUGGGAGACGGGGCAGCAUCUGUCUUGUUGGGCUCCAGUGGGAGCGAUCUUAUAGGAAUUCUUUUCAAAACAGAGUAUAAGAUCCAUGGGGAAGGGCAUUUUUAGUGCUUCAUCCAAUGCAGUAAUUAGAAGUAUAUCUUCAUUCUCUUGCGUUUCACUAGAUGUUGCCUGUGCAAGUAGCUAAUGAGUCCAAUAUGUACCUCUCUUCACUGGUCGGUUUGAGAUGGGAUUUGAAAA